CUUCAAUGGAGUCAUCCAAAGAGAACUUGAAGGGAAAGCGAAAGAUGACAGAAAGAAAUAAUGAAGAAACAAGAAGUUAUUUCUCAUGGAAUUUGGAGAUGGAACGUGUAUUGGCUGAUGUAUUACGAGAUCAAAGAAGUUUGGGCAACAAGAGUGAUGGAGCUUGGAAAAGGGUAGCAUACAAUGCUGCAGCUGUAGUGUUAUCUACCAACUUCAAAAUCCAAGUCACUUGGGAGAAUGUAAAAAAUCGUAUAAAACUUUGGAGAUCAUGGUAUGGAGUUGUUAGUGACAUCCUUAGUCAAAGUGGAUUUGAUUGGGAUGGCACAAAACACAUGAUUACAGUUGACAAUGAAAAUGCUUGGAAUGAGUAUGUCAAUGCCCAUAAAGAAGCAAGACAAUUCCGAUUCAAGGUGAUUGCAAACUGGGAUGAUAUAGUGGACUUGUGUGCUAAAGAUAGAGCCACUGGACAUGGAGCUGAGACUGCUAUGGAUGCUGAUGAGGUCAUGAGUAGAGAAAUAAAUGAAGGGGAAUUAGGUUUAGAGGAUGUUAGUGAUACCAUAUAUUUAGAUGAACCUGGCUCUACUACACAAAGAAGGGGUCAAUCUUCAGCUUCUACUAGCACACAAUCUCAGAGGAGAAAGAUGGGAGAAAAAGAUGGAAUAGCUAAUUCGUUGAAAGAAGUGGCUGAAUCUUUAAAGCGACUUGUUCAAGCAUUUGAUAUUGCGAUUGAUGAAGAUGCUUUUAUUCAGGAAGUGUUAGCUGAAGCAGCUUUGAUACCAAACCUCAAUCAACAUCAAUGGACCAAAGCUGUUAAAUGGUUAUCUGACACUCCUAAACAGUUAGCUAUUGUGAAAGCUCUUCCAAUUGAGAAAAAGGCGGCUUAUGUUUUAACACAUAUUUCUUGA